AUGGCCCAGUCCGUGUGGGGCUACGACAGCGACAACGGACCCGAGCGCUGGCACGAAAACUACCCCCUGGCCAAGGGCGACAAGCAGUCGCCCAUUGAGAUCAACAGCAAGGACGUGCAGCACGAUUCCUCUCUCUCCGCCUGGCACGCCAGCUAUGACCCCGGGGCAGCGAAAACCAUCCUGAACAACGGGCGCACCUGCCGCGUCGUGUUCGACGACACUUUUGAUCGAUCAGUGCUGAGGGGGGGCCCGCUGAGCGGUGCCUACCGCCUGCGCCAGCUGCACCUGCACUGGGGCUCCUGCGACCAGCACGGCUCCGAGCACGUCAUCGACGGCGUCAAGUACGCGGCUGAGUUACACAUGGUGCACUGGAAUCCGAAACAUGGUAAUUUUGCUGGAGCUUUAAAACAACCUGAUGGUGUAGCUGUUGUGGGCAUUUUUCUGAAAGUUGGGCAAACUCCCAAGCCAGAGAUGAAGAGAAUUCUUGAAGAAAUUGAAAACAUUAAGACCAAGGGGAAGGAGGCUCCUUUUCUGCACUUUGAUCCUUCAAUUCUUUUUCCCAAAUCUCGUGACUACUGGACCUACCACGGUUCAUUCACCACACCCCCCUGUGAGGAGUGCAUCACUUGGAUUCUCCUGCGGGAGCCAAUUGAAGUCAGCUCAGACCAGAUGGCGAAGCUGCGUAGCCUUUCCAAGAACGCUGAGAAUGAGCCUGUGAGCCCUCUUGUUGACAACUGGCGCCCACCGCAGCCUCUGAAGGGCAGGAUAGUGAGAGCCUCAUUCAAGUAAAAUCUCAAGUCUCACUCUGCUGAACCUGAGUGAGAAAAUCCCUACAUCACGAAAGUGUUGUUAGUUUUUGGCUGUUUACUGCUUUUCCUCUGGAUCCAGGUCUACGUUUCUCAGUUUGAAAUUCUGAGUGGUAAAAGUAAAUCUGUUUUUAAAAGCAGAAGAAUACUGUAUGGAAAUACUGAGCAUAAGAAGCAAAUGUGAGAAGUAAUGAUUCUUGACCUCAAAUGCCUCAGCAUUUAUGGUCACUUCUCUGCCUUGUAGUCUUGUAAGAAAAAUAGGCUGUUUCAAUAUUUAAAAUUAAAUUCAAAGGAAGUAUAGUAUAGUAAGGCAAACAAAUGAACCAGUAGUUCAGGAAAGUAAAAGUAACGGUAGAUGAAGAGGAGGGAAAUGUCUGUCUCCACACUGUGAUCUUGCUCAGGCACCCCACCCUCAGAGGAGACAUCCAAAGAAUAAGUACCCUUUUAACAUACCAGGUUUUCCUUCCCUGCCUUGUUCAUAUUUUUUUAUCCAAGAUUACAUUAGUGGUCUGAGGGUAAAAUCAGGCAUACUCAGUUUCUGUGUGAAGAAGAAAAGAGACCUUGUUGUCAUUUCAGCAUUUGCUGUCUUCAGCGUAUCCUGCUGCUGCCAUUGUUGAUCUUUUCUUCUUUCACUGUGGCUGUUACUUCACCCACCCAGUGUAGAGUCCUGCUGGUAUCAUAUUGCCUUGUAUUUAGUAUACCAGCUUUAGUAUUGCUGAGGGAGAAGUGCCUUUCUUGUGCUGCUCUAUGUUAUCUCCCAGAAUGAUGGAUUUUUGAUGCUCUGCCUGCUUUCUAUAUUUGACACCUUAAUAGUUUUCGCCUGUUAGGGAUUUUGUUGCAUAUGGAAAGGAUCUUUCUGGAUUAUUCAUUUGUGUCAUUUGGGGAAAAUCCAGAUUAAUUCAACUAAGUGUUUGUUUA